UCUUCCUUUUCCUUUGCGCCCAAAUGGCCAAAGGUUCAAGCUUCUCAUGUUUCAAGGCGAUUCACUCUACUUUUCCCUUGUUUUAACUACUCAUUUCUGGUUUUUCCAAUUGAUUUCCUCUCUCUCUUGAUUUCUACAAGAAACGUCAUAAACGGUACACACAAGAAGUAAAAUGGCUUACAGUGCUCAAAGAGCUAAUUGGAAGGAUCAUGAACUUCUGAAAAUAUUUUUAGAUGCAUGUAUUGAAGUAGAUACGAGUAGAAAGAAUAAUGGGAGUGCUAUGAAGAAACAGUCGUGGGAUAUAAUUGGUAAAACAAUCAAAGAGAAGAAAGGACUAACCUUGAGUUAUAAACAAUUGAAAAAUCAAUGGGAUUACAUGAAGAGAAAGUAUAGCAUUUGGGAAAAAAUAGUCAAUAAAACCGGAUCUGUUAAGUGGACUCCUGAUGAGUGGGACGAAUAUAUUAAGGCCAAUCCCGAUGCGAAACAAUUCCGCUAUGCUGGACUACAAUAUGCAAAUGAAAUGAAAUCAUUAUUCGAUGGUACCGGUGCUACUUCUAGUGAAGGAAUGCUAGAAUGUGAUCCAAUGAUUCCAAUGAUUCAAAUGAUUGAUGCUGAUGUGGAUUUAUCUAAUAGUCCUAUGUCCCCCCCUGUUCAACGCUCAAGGCCUAAACGAAGGAAAGCCAACACAGAUGAGAGCAUUGAUGAUUGCUACAAAGUUCUUAAGACCUCGAAAGAUCUAGAAGAACCGAGCUUUGAAGAUUGCUACAAAGUUCUUAAUGAAUUAUUAGACGAGGGGGAUCCCUUAUAUAUUGUUGCUUGUGCGAUAUUUUGUGAGAAUAAAAUGUACAAAGAAGCGUGGAUGACUCUUACUAAAAACAGUGAUUAUGUUAGAAAAAAUUGGCUUACUAUGGUAGGGAAGAGGUUUGGCUUAAUCAAUUAAUCUAGAGAUAUAUAUUCUUCAGCAAAAACAAAAUAUAUACCAGGUACAACUUUGUCUUUGUUAUUUAUUCUCUUAUUACUUUUAAUUUGAAGAAUAAUUAUACUUUAUGUUUUUGUUUAAUUGAAUUGUUUGUUUUAUAUUUUUUUUAGUUUAAUUCUAUUUUGUUUCUGUUAA